AUGUUCACAACUCUUUUAUUUAUUCUUCCUUUAUUGAUUUUGGUGUUGCUGGUGGUGAGAAUUUUAGGUCUUGAUGACACUCUGUACCGUAAAUUAAAUCAAAAACCAAAGACAAGUACUACGUAUAGGAAUGUAAAUAUUGUCAUCACUGGAGGAUCGGCAGGUAUCGGAGCUACUCUGGCACAAACCUACGCUUCCAUGGGAGCCAAUUUAGUGCUGGGUGCAAGAAAUUUAAGCAACUUGGAAAGUAUCAAAGAAAAGUGUUUAAAUUCAGGAGCAUCUUCAUGUCAUGUCUUUGAGUUGGACGUUUCCAAUGAAGAGAGUUGCAAGAAAUUCGUUGAAAAUGCCGUCAAUGCUCUCAAAGAAAUUCACAUUCUCAUUCUGAAUGCUGGCAUUGGCAUGAAGAAACGAUUUGAUGAGUGUGACAAUUUGGAUCAACACAAGAAAUUAAUGGAUGUCAAUUUCUGGGGAGCUGUUUAUCCAACACAUUAUGCACUUCCUCACAUGAAACUUUCCCAACAUCUUGAUAUUAUUAAGAGACCUAAAAUCGCUGUGGUUAGUAGCAUGUCAGGAAAAUUUGGUCCUCCUUUACGAACUGCGUACUGCUCAUCGAAACAUGCUGUGAAUGGUUUCUUCCAUUCUUUGAGAAUGGAAUUGAAAGGAAAAAUUGAUGUGACCAUUCUUUGUCCUCCUCAUGUCUAUACAGAUUUUCAAGCAAAUUCAUUUGGUGCAGAGAAGGGAGUGAUACGUGAGAAGAGUAAAUUCAUUACACCCGAACAAUUUGCAUCGAUUGCCAUUGAUGCCAUUGAAUGGGGUGUGGCAGAGGAAUUGGUGAAUACGAAGGGAAGAGCCAGUAGAAUUUUAUCUCUAUUCCCCACCUUCCUCUCUGAUAAGAUUAUUAGUGACACUACAACCAAAGCAAGUGGAGUGGUACAAUGA